GCCGCCGCCCCGCCGCCGCCGCCGCGCCUGCUGCGAGAUGGCGAUCCUGGGCGCGGAAGGGUGAGGGCGCCCGCCGGUGGAGGAGGCGCCGCCGCCGGGGCCGCCGGGCUGCCGGGAGCCGACGGCUUCGCGCCGGGUAACAAAACUGAGACUCAGAGAGGUGAAAUGCACCUGAAUAAUAGAAUUGAAGUUUGGAACCUAGAUCUGUUCAACUCUCUUACAUUACCCAACAUGCUCUUCUCACACUAGGAAUUGGCUCUUUGGAAUUGAAGAGUUAACAGAUCUCCAUGGCUACUUAAAUACUGGAAAAUUAGAAGCCUUAAUAUAUUUAGAAACAAUCAGGACAUGUUUUGAGGUUGUCUCCUCACUAGACUAUGAGCUCCUUGAAAGAAGGAAUCGUGUCUUACUCAUCUUUAUAUCUCCAGUAUCUAGAACAGUUCCUGGUACAAAUUUCUAGUGCCAAACUAAAAAGAAAAAAGAACUGGUUUGGAACAGCAAUAUAUACAGAAGUAGUUGUAGAUGGAGAAAGUAAGAAAACAGCAAAAUCCAGUAGUUCUUCUAAUCCAAAAUGGGAUGAACAGCUAACUGUAAAUGUGACCCCACAGACUACAUUGGAAUUUCGAGUUUGGAGUCAUCACACUUUAAAAGCAGAUGCUUUAUUAGGAAGAGCGACAAUAGAUUUGAAACAAGCUCUCUUAAUACACAAUAGAAAAUUGGAAAGAGUGAAAGAACAAUUAAAACUUUCCUUGGAAACCAAGAAUGGCGUUGUGCAGACUGGUGAAUUAACAGUUGUGCUUGAUGGACUGGUGGUUGAACAAGAAAAUACUACAAACUGCAGCUCAUCUCCAACCAUAGAAAUACAGCAAAAUGGUGAUGCCUUACAUGAAAAUGGAGAGCCUUCAGCAAGGACAACCAUGAGGUUGGCUGGUGAAAGUACUAAUGGAAUAGACAAUCAUAUAGCUACAAAUACUGUAGUACAGAACUCAUGCUGUACAUAUGUAGUUAAUGGAGACAACACACCUUCAUCUCCAUCCCAGGUUGCUGCCAGACCCAAAAACACACCAGCUCCGAAACCACUCACAGCUGAGCCUGCCAGUGACGCUGUUAAUGGAGAGUCAUCCCCAUCUGCACCAACUGACAAUGCUUCCACUGUGGGCACUGUAGUAGCAUCUGGAGAAGCCACCUUGUCUUCAAAUUGCACUAGUACUACUGUCGAAGAUCCUCCAGUUCAAGAAAUACUGACUUCCUCAGAAGACAAUGAAUGUAUUCUUUCUAACAGUGGAGCAUUUGGAUCUGAAGCUAGAAGUACAUUAGGUCCUUCCACCUCUGGUUCUGGAAGUAGCUCUGCUUUUGAAGCAGCCAAAUUAAGACAGCCAGAUGGGUGUGUGGAACCUGCCCGGCAGCAGUCUGGAAAUGCCAACACAGAAACUCUGCCAUCAGGGUGGGAACAAAGAAAAGAUCCUCAUGGUAGAACCUAUUACGUGGAUCAUAACACUCGAACGACCACAUGGGAAAGGCCGCAACCUUUACCUCCAGGUUGGGAAAGAAGAGUGGAUGAUCGGGGAAGAGUUUAUUAUGUGGAUCAUAACACCAGGACAACAACCUGGCAGCGGCCUACCAUGGAAUCUGUCCGGAAUUUUGAACAGUGGCAGUCUCAGCGGAACCAACUGCAGGGAGCUAUGCAGCAGUUCAACCAACGAUACCUCUACUCGGCUUCAAUGUUAGCUGCAGAAAAUGACCCAUACGGGCCUUUGCCACCAGGCUGGGAAAAAAGAGUGGAUUCAACAGACAGAGUUUACUUUGUGAAUCAUAACACAAAAACAACCCAGUGGGAAGAUCCCAGAACUCAAGGCUUACAGAAUGAAGAACCCCUGCCAGAAGGCUGGGAAAUUAGGUAUACCCGCGAAGGUGUUAGGUACUUUGUUGAUCAUAAUACAAGAACAACAACAUUCAAAGAUCCUCGCAAUGGGAAGUCAUCUGUAACUAAAGGUGGUCCACAGAUUGCUUAUGAACGCAGCUUUAGGUGGAAACUUGCUCACUUCCGUUAUUUGUGCCAGUCUAAUGCACUACCCAGUCACGUAAAGAUCAAUGUAUCCCGGCAGACAUUGUUCGAAGAUUCCUUCCAGCAGAUUAUGGCAUUAAAACCGUAUGACUUGAGGAGGCGAUUAUAUGUAAUAUUUAGAGGAGAAGAAGGACUUGAUUACGGUGGUCUGGCAAGAGAAUGGUUUUUCCUGCUUUCACAUGAAGUUUUGAACCCCAUGUAUUGCUUAUUUGAGUAUGCUGGCAAGAACAACUAUUGUCUACAGAUAAACCCAGCAUCAACCAUUAAUCCAGACCAUCUUUCAUACUUCUGUUUCAUUGGUCGUUUUAUUGCUAUGGCACUUUUUCAUGGAAAGUUUAUUGAUACUGGUUUCUCUUUACCCUUCUACAAGCGUAUGCUAAGUAAAAAACUGACUAUUAAGGAUUUGGAAUCUAUUGAUACUGAGUUUUAUAACUCCCUUAUCUGGAUCAGAGACAACAACAUUGAAGAAUGUGGCUUAGAAAUGUACUUUUCUGUUGACAUGGAGAUUUUGGGAAAAGUUACUUCACAUGACCUGAAGUUGGGAGGUUCCAAUAUCCUGGUGACAGAGGAGAACAAAGAUGAAUAUAUUGGUUUAAUGACAGAGUGGCGUUUUUCUCGAGGAGUACAAGAGCAGACCAAAGCUUUUCUUGAUGGUUUUAAUGAGGUUGUUCCCCUUCAGUGGCUGCAGUACUUUGAUGAAAAAGAAUUGGAGGUCAUGUUGUGUGGCAUGCAGGAGGUUGACUUGGCAGAUUGGCAGAGAAACACUGUGUAUCGACAUUAUACCAGAAACAGCAAGCAGAUCAUUUGGUUUUGGCAGUUUGUGAAAGAGACAGACAAUGAAGUAAGGAUGCGACUACUGCAGUUUGUCACUGGAACCUGCCGUUUACCUCUGGGAGGAUUUGCUGAGCUCAUGGGAAGUAAUGGGCCUCAAAAAUUUUGCAUUGAAAAAGUUGGCAAAGACACCUGGUUACCAAGAAGCCACACAUGUUUUAAUCGCUUGGAUCUACCACCAUAUAAGAGUUAUGAACAACUAAAGGAAAAACUUCUUUUUGCAAUAGAAGAGACAGAGGGAUUUGGACAAGAAUGAAUGUGGCUCUUGUCUUGGAGGAGUUCUUGCAUUUAAAUACCCCAGCCAAGAAAAGUUGCACAGAUAGUGUAUAUAAGCUGUUCCUUCUGUACAGUGAAUUUUCUGAACCUCUCAAAGUAUAAAUGUUUUCUGUUCUUCCACAGAAAUAUGCAAAACAGUUCAUCCUUUUCUACUUUAUUUAUUGUCCUCUUGAAGUGACUGACCAGGAAAAAAAUCAUCCUUAAAUUUUGAAGCAAGAGACUUUAUUAAAAAUAAGUAUAUAUCUAUAUAAGCAUAUAUGAUAGUGGCUCUAGUUUUAUAGAGCUCAGAGUGUGUUAAACAUGACAGCCAUUCAUUCAAAAAUAAUCUGGAUUUGCUUUUACCUUGUUUCUAUUAUCCAAGGGAAGAAGUACAAAUUUCUCAAAGUUUUAUUCCCCUUAUGUAACAUCUCUUGAGGGUGUUUAGUUGCAUGGCUGUUCAGGAAGGUAUUAAGGGCUUAGGCCAAAAUCUUACUUUGAAUAUGUUUAAAAAUGCUGCUGGCUUUUCUUCAGAUGGGUGCUUGAACCUGUCAGUUUGUUUUAAAUAAAUACAGUAGUUGAAAAAUU